CGUCGCAUCACCUGCAGAAGCGUGCGGAGUGUGAGCGAUACCUCGUGCAUCAUCGUGGCCGCUCGUGUGCAUUGCUCUUUUCCCCGCGCUCACCGACCCGGAGCCCUCCCUCCGCUCGUGCCGAGGAGAGGAGUCGGAGAAAAAAGAAGUGCGCCGAACCCGAGCAGCGCGCGGGUAAUUUUCGACAGGAAGGGAGAGGGAUCGACACACGAGAGGAGAGCGCUGGCCGCACCGGCGGCCGCUGUCCGGAGUCCCCACCGAAACGUCAGUCGCACAGAGGCAGUGGUCAGGCUCGGACCUGUGCACACCCCCGGGUCGUCGUGCCAGCGAGUGGGCCUCCGCAGCCUCCUCCGGACUCCGCCGUGACCACGAUGCGCGGAGGCGCCGGAGCAACCCUCCUCCUGGUGCUCGUCAUCGCCCAAGGAUCGCCCACCGAGCGAGGCCUAUAUCUGCCCAUCGUGUUUCCCGAGGAGAAGCCGCCGUGUCCUGCUGGUCUCGUGUGCCGGGACAUCACGCUAUGCUCGUCGGCCAUCAACCAGGUACGCAGUGGCGGCAGGCCCACUAUCUGCGGCUGGAAUCGACACGUGGCCAAGGUGUGCUGCCCGCAGGACUCCAGGGUCGGCACGGGCCGCCCUUAUACACCAGAGUUCAUCGCUUUCCGCAGGCCUUCGGAAUGUGGAAUUCUGGUCAUACCACAAAUCAACGCUUCUGCCACGACGAAGAUACCGAAAACGCCGACGCUGAAGACGUCCACCAGUAGGAGCAGUACAUCACGGUCUACAAGUUUGAGUUCGACGCGGUUUCCGUCGACUGUGAAGAAAAGCUACGUUUACUCGACGGCGACGUUUCACUCAAAGGCGAACGCGAAUGCGAGCCGGCAAGGAUCGGUGGCACCGCCUGUCCGCGGCCACACACACACCACGCUGCGGCCCAGCGCGAACUUCGGCUACAACGUCAACCAGCGGAGUACGUCCGCCUACCUGACCACAACGCCACCGUACUCAGGGCGGGCGUCGCCACCGCAGCGGCAUGUACCUGUGACUCCGCAGCGGCAGGACCCGGUGACGCCGCAGCAGAAGGUCCCUGUGACGCCACAGAGGCAAGUCCCUGUUACGCCGCAACGGCAGGUCCCUGCGUCAGCGGCGGCUGGUCCAGUGGUACCAGUGGUGCCGGCAGCGGCUGGGGUGGUUCCCGCUAUUCCAGCAGCAGCUGGGGUGGUUCCGUCUGUACCGGCAGUGCGGAACCCGGCGCCUGCACCACCGCCGGCACCGUCCCGAGGUGGUCACGUGCACUACAACGUCUACCAGAGCAACCACGUGGUGAGCAGUCACAACCAGUACGAGUACACAGAGUUCCGAGGUUCCUCCGGUGACCGGAACUACGUCUCCGACGGUGGUGGCAACCACCACCAGUACUGGGAGCCGCCACCGCAGAACCAGCAGGGCUACGCUAACGGCGGGGAACGCGCGCCCAAUGACUGGUAUAGCUACAAUACAUUUGCCAAGAGGCAGGCCCGCUCCAUCCGCGACUGGGGCAAAGGGUCGCGUGAGGACAAAUUCACCAACGAUGUUCCCCUCAAGAAGGACUUCUACAAGAAGGGCUUCUCCAAGAAGAGCUUCUUUAAGGUGGCCUUCUCUAAGGAAGAGAAGAAACGGCGCUACGACUGGGUGCCUAAGAAGAAGGCAAGAAAACGCUUACAUGACGCUUUGCGCGGGUGCUUUUGA